AUGGGAGAAACCUACCCAUUUAAUGGCAUAUUUUUGGAUAUGCUUUCGGAGCGUGGAAUCAAGACUGUAAAGGAAGGCAAGAUCGAUACUACAGACGCAGAGAAAUUAUAUGAUUUGGUUGGUGGACGCAUUAUAGAUCUAAAGUCUGUAGCAGAUGAAUAUCAGCAAGGACAAUCCAUUGAAGUUAUUGAACACGAAAUUUUAGUGACAGUCGAGGACAAAUUCAGAACUGCAAAACUUCUUGAAACCCAUGAAUAUCAUGAAGUAGGAAAACGUAUCGUCAGUGCUUUGCUGGUUUCUAAAGAGCUUAGCCGUACUGCAUUUGAGAAUUUUUUCAAUAAGCCCGAGCAAGCCAAUGAAGUCUUGGGAACCAAUGUAUUCGCGUAUCACCCAGAAAAAAAUACUGUAACCUUUCAGUCUCGCUCAAUAGAAUACUAUAUUCGGGAAAAUGCUAGUAUAUUCAUUAGAUAG